AUAUUUGAAGAUAAUGUAAUCAUGAGCUUUCAGGGAACCAUGUAGGAUAACUUGUCUUUAAAUAAGAAGGUUCUUCACUGAACCUAAGAGCCACUGAAGAACCUAGCUGUAAGAUCCUAUGGCGUGAAGCAGAAGAGAAGAGGGAAAAACACUGGCUUCCAAGUGAUUUUAUAUUUAGAAGUGAAAACACCCUCAUGAUCAUCACAGACUGGAUGUAAAGAUGACAAGCUUCUGGUUUGCUCUGCUGAGCUUCUUGUGGACUGUUUAUUUGGCAGGUAGUGGUUCUGUACUGGACCCAUCUGAGCUUCAGCCCAACUUCAUUCAUCGGAGGUUACAUACUCAGGAGAAGAGAGAGAUGCAGAAACAGAUCCUGUCCAUACUGGGACUGAACCACAGACCCAGACCACAUCUGAACAACGGCAAAUUUAAUUCAGCACCCCUCUUCAUGCUGGAUCUGUACAACAGCAUGUCCACUGAAGAGAAGAGCGACGUGGAUCAGUACAGAUCACUGUUCACCACCACACGACCCACUUUAGCUUCACUAGAGUUCCUGCAUGACGCGGACAUGGUCAUGAGUUUUGUCAAUUUAGUUGAAAAUGAUAGAGAGCUGUCACCACAGAGAAGACACCAUAAAGAGUACAAAUUCAACCUGUCCCAGAUUCCAGAGGGAGAGGCCAUCACAGCAGCAGAAUUCAGGAUCUACAAGGAGUGUGUGACCAGGGCCUUCCGCAAUGAGACAUUCUUUCUUAGUGUGUUCCAAGUGGUUGGGGAACAUCCAGACAGGGAUGCCGACCUGUUUCUGCUGGAAUCUCGCAGGUUGUGGGCUGCUGAAGAAGGUUGGUUGGCGUUUGACAUUACAGCAUUAAGUAAUCUCUGGGUGACGAGUCCACUUCAUAACCUGGGUCUACAGAUCAGUGUGGAGACCAGCAGUGGGUGGAGCAUCAAUCCCAAGGAAGCAGGGUUAGUAGGCCGUUAUGGUGCUCUAGAGAGGCAGCCUUUCAUGGUGGCCUUUUUUAAAGUGAGUGAAGUCCGUGUCCGAACUGGCCGGUCAGUGGGCAAACGACGUCAGACGAACCGCAAUCGCUCCAACAGUCCACAGGAGAUAUCAAAUCGAUCAGCUCAAACAGGAGAUUACAACAGUGAUCAGAAGACCGCCUGCAGAAAGCAUGAACUGUACGUCAGUUUCAGAGAACUGGGCUGGCAGGACUGGAUGAUUGCACCUGAGGGUUAUGCAGCAAACUACUGCGAUGGAGAAUGCUCUUUUCCGCUAAAUGCCCAUAUGAAUGCUACUAAUCAUGCUAUAGUACAGACACUGGUCCAUCUAAUGAAUCCACAGAACGUUCCGAAGCCAUGCUGCGCUCCCACCAAACUGCAUGCAAUCUCUGUGCUCUACUAUGAUGACAACUCCAACGUCAUUCUGGAAAAACACAAGAACAUGGUGGUCCGCGCAUGUGGCUGCCACUAACACAAGGGACACCUGCAAUCCUGCUCAAGUGCUGCACCACAGAGACCGAGACAAAUGUUUGUGAGGACUGACAAAACAAAAAAAAGCAAGCAUUAUGAACAAAUGUGAGAGAAUGUCUUGACGGUGGAUCCAGGUUUGCUGCUUAUCUUUACACACAUGGCCAUUUGAUGUGACAUUUCGAAUACCACAAACUGCCUAGAGGAUGUUCAUGUGAAUCUAUAACAGAAAAUGAACUUGAUGCCUUCAGUUUAAAACAAAGACACAUAAAAAAAUGCAAAGUAUGAGCUAAAAUGCUGUUUAAAAUUAUCUCUUACCAAAUAUUUAAAGGGGUUGCAUCAUACAGUACAUUAUAAUUUCAUUUUCUGUUACAAAACAGUCAAUUCUUCAUGACUAUUUUCCACCCUUACUCUGAUGCUUGGAAUUAAAUGGGAUACGUUUUUGCUGAUGUGCAUUUAGGACUAGACUUUGUAUCUUUCUCAUGUUUUAAAAGGUCAGAACAUUUUUAAUUUUUUUUUUAACUUUCAGGAAAUUCUUCCCUAAUAUAAAAAGAUGAUUUGUGUUCUGAAAGUUAC